AUGAUCACCGACAACCCAAAUACCAAUCAAGAGCAACAACACCAUCAAUGUGUGGAGGCAGUGGAGCCGGCGAGCCGCCUGUGUGCAGCAGCAGCAGUGAGCGAAGAUGAAGAAGAGGAAGAGCAGGAGGAGGUGACCAGCACUGGAAGCAGUGGCGGAGGUCUGCUGAUCUGGCCGUCUGGUGAUUUGGUGAAGAUGAAGCGAAGAGGAAGAGCAGGAGCAGGGCAGGAACACAAUUUCUCACCUGCAAUCUUAGCUUUCUUCGAUUGUGAUGCAUCAGUGCUAGUAGAAGGGGAUGGAACUGAGAAAGCAGAUCCUGCAAAUAAAUCUCUAGGAGGAUUUGAAGUAAUAGAGACGGCUAAAAGAGAGCUAGAAUUGUUCUGCCCUGGAACUGUUUCAUGUGCUGAUAUUCUUGCACUGGCUGCUAGAGAUGUUGUCAUGAACAAUCUAACAACACUGCUAUCAUUAGAUGAUCUUGAAAGAUUUAAGGCAUGCUCUAAGUUAGAGAUGCGGGUCACUAGUACCGGAUGUUUCUCUUCAUCUUGA